CGUGGAAUCGUCAAGUUUUCCGUACAAUAUGUGGUCCCAUCUAUCCACCAGAAAGCUUCCCCAAUGUCUGAAAUUUCUCAUCCGGAAGCCCUUGAACGGAGCUCCGUCAAAAAAAAUGUGGACGGACAUUUUUCCCUUCUCGAGGGUCUCGAAAUUGGUUUCAGGAGACACCUCGACGAGACAGCCUUCGUUCUCUCGGAAGGGAUCCUUGAGCUCUCGCUGUGUUCUCUCGCAUAGUUACUAUGCAGAGCGCUCAAAAAGCUGCCGCUUUCUCUGAACUUUUGAAUCCCUUUCAAUAUCUAGCUGAUCACCAUUUCACCCACAUCAAAGUUAACCAUCGUCUAAAGAGAAAUGGCCGAACCCGAGUCAUUUUCAAUGAAGCGACUCAAGUUUAGAACCAAGGUCAAAGCCCCCACAGGAAGUGCUGAAGCCUCUCACUUGAGCCACAAGUGUCAGCCUUCAAGACUCAAAGAGACGACCAAGUUCUACCUUCAGCUUCUAGCCAUUUGGGCCAUAUUUUGUGUGCCCGGAAAUGUCGUGACCCUGAUAAUGUAUCUGAAAAGUGAGGACAAGCAGAGCGGCAUUAAUGAGAGUGAUCCCAACCCUGAUGAGGCCAAUGCCACAGUGAGGGUCUUUGAAACGAAUCGCAAUGUCUUGUUAGAGGAGUUCUGUCAAGGAACUGGUGAUGACACCCAUGUCACAAUUAAUGGGCAUGACGAGCUCACACUGGCGUUCCUGAAUUGUACGCUGGAUUUGAAUUCGACGUUGGAAUUUCAUCACUUGUUGUUGAGGGCGUCGUGCGAUGUGAUCGAGGCCCUGGGUUUAUCGAAUUUUACCCAACUGAAUCCGAUCAUUGAUUGCAUCAACCAAAAGCAACACGAAAUGGAAGCCAGACACUUCCAAUGCUACGAAUCCUUGGUUGAUUACGGGCCCAUUCGAGCAAAAGUUAAGUUCUGGCUGGAAGGCAUUGGUAUCCUAUGCGUGGGCAUUUUUGGUCUCAUUGCCAAUAUUCUGACAUGCAUCAUUCUCAAAGACAUGAAGAGCAAUUCGAGCUUCAACAAACUACUAAUGAGCUUAUCCAUUGUGGAUUGUUUGCUUAUCGUUGAUAUGAUUGUGGAAAAGUCUGUCAUCGGCGCUUUCUUGGGCGAAGAGCCUCUUUGGUAUAAGCUGACAUUCCCUUACUUUUGGUAUCCGUUUAAAGGGAUGAUCCUGAGUGCCACCAUUUUCAUGCUGGUAGCGGUCUCUGCCGAAAGACAUCGGGCUGUUUGUCAUCCAAUGGCCAGACGUCAGGUCGGCGUGGAAAGAUUUGGUGACAGAGACGACCCAAGACUGGAAGGCUGGACCAAUGGAAAUAGAAGAGUGAUGAUAGUGCCAGAGCAAGAAAUCCCGGAUUUCUUCGCCAUUGACUCGAGAAGGCUUCGAAAUUUACAUCGGGAUCAGAUUCGUCGCUGCGUUCAUUGCAGAAAAGAAGGACAUAUCAAAACGGAAUGUCCCGCCAGAGAACCCUCCAACACUUCCUCCGUGGGCAGCUUCCAGGAGAGUGCCAAGACCAAUUUAGAAGAGCCGAUUGAACCAUCGUCUCACCGGGAAACACUCAAGAAAUCUCAGCCCUAUCGCGGGCCCAAUAGGAUCGAUGUUACCAAUGACUCGAAAGUGCCUGUCAUCUCGGAUGAAAGGCAGUGUACUGGUUGAUAAAGAAAUUGAAACUGAACUUGAUGGAUCCGCUCCUUCGGGUCGUUUUGGAUCUGAUUUCGACGCUGUCAAGCGUCAAUGGGUCAGGACUGACAUAACCCCGACCCGCGAUCAGAUAAUACCAAAACGGAACAAGGCUAUGAACGCGAAAGCAACGAUACAAACCAGGAGCAGAAGUGCGUCCAGUUGUUCAACCAAAUCGAAUUUCCCUGGUAAUAAUCAUGCCUGAGUUCAAAGUUUGUUAUCUCAAUGCCAGGAGUUUAGGGAACAAGCUCCCGGAUCUCCACGUUCUGCUGAGUACUGAAGACUUUCAUGUUGUUUGUGUGUCAGAGACAUGGUUUCACCCUCUAGUGCUCUCCUCCGAAGUUGGUAAUCCUGGUUAUUUUGUUAGUGCAAGAAAGGAUCGGACUGACACUAUAGCAGACCGUGGGGGAGGCGUCCUCAUCCUUGCCCGACACGAUGUCACUUAUCAAGAGAUCCUUGUACAUGUGGAAAACGUUUGUGCAAUCAAAUUAGCGGAUCUAUCCGUCUAUUGCUCUUAUGUAUCUCCCAAUGCUAGUGUGGCAGCAAAGAUGCCAAUGAACGAUUUCUUGAGCUCACUCUCCACCAGAUGUAUUGUAGUUGGAGACUUCUAUUGCCCCGGUAUUAACUGGCGGGAGAUGACAGCUUCGAGUGGUUGCGACCAUUCAUUCAUGGAGGCAGUGACGCUUGGUGAUAUCUCUCAAAUUGUCAAUGUACCAACUCAUGACGCUGGCAAUGUCUUAGAUCUCGUGUUGGAAAGUGAACCCGGUGUCUGCUAUGAUGUGCAAACCAGACCAGAUCUACAAUUCAGUGAUCAUAUUACUUUAUCAUUUCGAAUCUGAGGUGCACCUGACUUGAGGCCCCCCACUAAUGAAAUGGUGUUUAGUUAUGGUCAAGAAAACUAUUCGCAAUUCAAAAAGUUCGUGGACAGUUUUAACUGGAUCUCCACCCUUGAAAAUCAAACUGCAGAUGAAGCUUGGAAUAUCCUCAAAGAUGCACUGAUCUUCGGAAUGAAGCUAUACAUCCCUCAAAGACUUCUACACAUUAACGCCCGCCCACCAUGGCUUUCCCCAGCACUCCUGAGGUCUGCACGGAAGAGCAAUCGAUUGUGGAAACGGAAGAGGGCCUUUCCAUCUGUUGAAAAUUAAAGGGAAUUUAUUUCACACAAAAUCAAAGUUGAACAUGACAUCCGACUUGCUAAACGAAACUUUGAAGAAAGUAUCUUGGAUCUAGAAAACAAGACAGACCGCUGCUGGAUUCGUCAG